GUGAGUUACUUCCGUAUAUGUAUUACCAUGGUAACGGUCAACUCAGAGUUAGUGGAGCUCACUUAUUUGAUCCGUUGAAGCAAACGUUAAAUGAGUCAGCCCGUGUGGUUAAUACUGAAGAAGUUCACAAAACUGACGGUUAGCUCUUCACAGAAACAAACAUGUCGCAAAGGUCGUACAACCAGCUGUGGGCUGAUGCCCAGUUAGAACUGAGUCGCCUUCUGGCUGAGGAACUACCUGCCGAAGCCCCUCGCCCACAGAGGGAUAGAGUGGUGUUUUUUCAGCGCCUAGCCCUGUUUUAUGUGCGCUACCUCCAGAUCUUUAGGCAGCUGAACAAAGCCUACAACCAGGUGGUUCACCCUCAGAAGAGACGAGCUAUUCGCUCAGUUCUGGAGGCUGUGAUGGGAAGGUUGUUAGAGCUGAAGAAUGAAAUGGUGGAAAAAGAGUUUUCAGAGUAUCAUUACAUGGAUGAUGUUCUUCAUGACCUGAAACUCACACCAGUAAAUCUUGAGAUCCCUAUUCCUCGCUAUUUCAUUACAGAACUCCGUAAAGAUGUCCAAGAACGAAAGACAAUGAUAACAAAUAUACUUAAAACGGUGGAGGUGACUGAAAGCCCACAGUUGGUGAUAACUAAGGAUAUGAGUCAAGAGGAGGCUGUGACGAUCAUUCAAGUAGCGGAGAGAGCCCGCCAAAAACGCCUGAGGGCAAAGUUGAACGAGGAGAGGAGAAAUAUGAGCAGGAAGAACAGAAUCUCAGAUCCAGGGGCGGUGGGCACUGAGCUGGCAGCAGUCUGCAUUCAGAAGGUGUGGAGGGGCUAUAUACAGAGGAAGAGGACAAAGAUGGCUCGGGAAGAAGAGAUGAUUUUUCUGGGAAUGGCUAUGGAUCCCAAAUAUCAGUUGCCCUGCCGUGCAGAAACUACAGCUCAAAGCAGCGAAGCCAGCACACAGACUGUACAGGAGGAGCAUGAGGAUGACUACCAGAAGUCUGUGGUGGCGAUUACAAACCAACUACGAGAUGUUGAAGGUCACGAUAUGAGCAACACCAUGAAAGAUCAGAUCCGACAGUGGUUCAUUGAAUGCCGAGACUCCACCGGCGUAUUUCCAGACUACCCAGAUGCAGAAGAUGGAGGCUCAGCUCUUAUUUUUGCAGAAAAACACCCUCAGCAGUUAAUAGAAGAAAUUGCUGCAAAGGAAGAAGAGGAGUCCAACAACAAGCCAAAAGGAAAAGAGGAAAAGGGGAAGAAGAACAAAGGGAAGGAGAAAGAGAAGGGGAAAGAUGAAGAAGAGGAGGAGCCAGGGUUGAAGAUGAUGCCAUCUGCUUUUCUGCCUGACUUGGAAAUUGGAAACAAAGUCUAUGAUGAUUUUUGGAAAAACCACAAUGAUUCCAGUAACUAUAACCAGAGGCAUGAGGUGGAGCUGAUUAAGGAAGAGAAGAGAAAAGUCAUUGAGGCAGAGAUUCGACUACAGGUUGAUGAGCAGAUGAGACAAGAGCUGGCUGAGUGGAAGCUAACUGUGGACAAAGACAAAGGCGGGAAAACCAAAGUCAAUGCCAAGAAAAAGAAAGGAUCGAAAAGUGGGAAGAAGAAAAAAAAGGAGAAAGAUCUAACAGCUGAUAGGACUCUUGAGUCUCUGUGCCAGGAGCUGGUGGACCAGGGUUUGUUGAAACAAGCAAAGAAUGUUCAGCUGCAGGAUUUCCUGGGUGACUACAGUUACCUUGGGACCACCCUAAGGCAAAAUGACAUCGAGCCUAUGCCGUCGCUGUCAGACGUGAGGCAGGUUUUAGCUCUUUAUGGUGUCUUGCCUUUAGGCUCUCAGGUUGUCCAUGAGAAGGCUCCCCUGAUCAAAGCCAUCCUGCUGGCAGGGCCGGCGGGGGUCGGGAAGAAGAUGUUAGUCCAUGCAGUGUGUCAGGAGACAGGAGCCAACCUGUUUGAUCUGUCUCCACUUAAUCUAGUGGGAAAGUACCCUGGGAAGAGUGGCCUCGCAAUGAUGCUUCACAUGGUCUUCAAGGUUGCGCGACUGCUGCAGCCUUCUGUGAUAUGGAUUGAAGAUGCAGAGAAGAUGUUCUACAAGAAAGUCCCAAAGGAGGAAAAAGAGUUAGAUCCCAAGCGCCUGAAGAAAGACUUACCUAAAUCUCUGAAGUUAAUCAAAGGGGAGGAUCGUGUUCUUAUAAUAGGAACAACUAAAGACCCACAAAGCACUGAUAUCAAGUCACUGUGUAAAAUGUACAAUAAAAUUAUACUCAUCCCGAGACCUGACUAUGGCUCAAGAUACAUCUUGUGGAAGCAACUGAUUCAGAAACAUGGAGGUGAGCUAACCAAGGCUCUGGACCUCAGCUCUCUGGCAAAGAUCUCUGACGGCUACACCCCAGGUCACAUGAUCCAGGUGAUCCAGGGUGUUGUAACCAAGCUGCGCAUUCUGCAGCAGGUGAACAGACCACUGACAGCUGUGGAGUUUGUCGCCCCAUUAGCCCAGAUUGACCCCGUGUUACAGCCGGAGGAGGAAGCCCUUAAAAACUGGUAUGCAAAGACUCCACUUGGAAAGAAACGGAUUAAGGCAGCAACAGGAAAAGAUGAAGAGGAGGCACCAGUUAAAGGCAAAAGUACAAAGAAGAAAGGGAAAAAAUAAUUUAAUAUUUUUUUUCACUUGAUUGAAGCUUUUAUGUGAAAUGUGGCUGUAUUUGCUCCAGUAAAAUAAAAAAUAAAAAAUUCCACAUACUGCACAUUCAUUGUGAGUGGCAGUUAUAUGAUAUAGGUCUUUAAGCUUUUAGGGAAACAUUGUGUUUUAAUAGAAGAUAUGCAAAAUAAUACAUUAAAAGCAUAUUGGACCUUUAAUCCAAACCUAGGCAGGCAGUCCAGGCACUGAUUAAAGCC